AUGGACGAAUCGGAUGCGAAUCCCCCAAGGAGAGUGGGAACGAGCGGCACACGACGGCUGUGCACACAUGCAGCUAUAGCCUCGCAUACGCGGCCUCCUCGCGCCUUCGGCCCUGCGACUUCGUCCUCUACCAUACCAUCCUUGCAUCUCUACAUGGCGUACGCGGCGCAGACACGCUCCGGAAAGCCCGAUGCGAGGAUGACCGGACGAUGCGACUUCAGCUCGCUCGCGUACCAUAUCGCAGGGAUUUCCUGGCGGGGGUCGAAGAACGAGUCCAAGGGUCGGGGGAAGAAUGACGCCGGGCUCAGCGACGCCGCAAUUGGGGAUCGAUCAUCCAUUGCUACCGGACUUCACCGAAAUGAGGCAUUUUUGCCAUUGGCCGCUGAGCAGGAGGCACGUCCGAAGCACGAGAGAGGGGGUUACAGAGGGACCGGGGGAACUGCGGGUGGGUUUGACCAGCUGCUGAUGCGGGAGGUAUCACUUCAACGCGAGACGGGAGUAGAGAGUGAAGGAGCAGUAAGGGGAGCGGAAAGGGGAGCGGAAGGAAGGCAUGAGGGCAAAGAACACAUAUGGCAUAUGUGGAAAAGAACCCUAGGCGGGUUCGAAGCAGAAGGCCUCUGCGGCGUUGGCAUCGGCAUCGACCGGCGGCGAUCAAAUCGGGGUGAUGGAAAAGAGGCAGUGGGUCGGAGGGGACGAGAGACGGCAGGGCUAGAGAAGAGAAGGAAAGGAGACGGGUGA